GAAAGCCGGAGACUGUCUGUGUAACAGUGCUAGGAAAUCCCGAAACCGGCGAACUACCGAUCAGGCACCGACUAUUGGGUUAUAUUCCAGAAAGCUACACUGUUCAGCAGUAACAGUCAGGCAGAGGGUACAGAAAUAAGUGGCCUUGCUGAUUCCUUUUCAUUUCAAGGAAGACUCAUUAUUGGCAGAUUCCUGAGUGCAUAAGCAGUGGGUUUACUGACUGACUGCUACGCAGAUAUGAAUGACGUGGCAAUAGUGAAGGAAGGAUGGCUUCACAAACGAGGGGAAUAUAUAAAGACAUGGAGACCACGGUAUUUUCUUCUGAAAAGUGAUGGAACAUUUAUUGGGUAUAAAGAGAGACCACAGGAUUCUGAGCAGAAGGAAAGCCCUUUAAAUAACUUCUCUGUUGCUCAAUGCCAGCUGAUGAAGACUGAACGACCAAAACCAAACACAUUCAUCAUUCGAUGUCUCCAGUGGACCACAGUAAUUGAAAGAACAUUUCAUGUUGAUACUCCCGAAGAACGAGAAGAAUGGACCAAAACUAUACAGUCAGUAGCAGAUGGCCUUAAAAAACAAGAGGAAGAAAUGAUGGACUAUGGCUCAGGUUCUCCUAGCGAUAAUUCUGGUGCUGAAGACAUGGAUAUCAGCUUAAGCAAACCAAGACACAGAGUGACUAUGCACGAUUUUGAAUAUCUGAAACUUCUAGGAAAAGGUACAUUUGGAAAAGUCAUUCUAGUAAAAGAAAAAGCAACUGGACGUUAUUAUGCAAUGAAGAUUCUGAAAAAAGAAGUCAUAGUUGCAAAGGAUGAAGUAGCCCAUACACUUACAGAAAACAGAGUUUUACAAAAUUCAAAACAUCCUUUCUUAACAGGUUUAAAAUAUUCUUUUCAAACAAGUGAUCGAUUAUGCUUUGUUAUGGAAUAUGCUAAUGGUGGUGAGUUAUUUUUCCAUCUGUCAAGGGAACGUGUCUUUUCUGAGGAUCGUGCACGAUUUUAUGGUGCAGAAAUUGUAUCAGCCCUGGAUUACUUGCAUUCAGAGAAAAAUGUAGUUUAUAGAGAUCUGAAGUUGGAAAAUCUCAUGCUAGAUAAGGAUGGCCAUAUUAAAAUAACAGAUUUUGGACUUUGCAAAGAAGGCAUCAAAGAUGGAGCAACAAUGAAAACCUUCUGUGGAACUCCUGAAUAUCUUGCACCAGAGGUUCUAGAAGAUAAUGAUUACGGUCGUGCAGUAGAUUGGUGGGGGCUUGGAGUAGUAAUGUAUGAAAUGAUGUGUGGCCGUUUGCCGUUCUAUAAUCAGGACCACGAAAAACUCUUUGAACUCAUCCUUAUGGAAGAAAUUCGAUUUCCACGUACAUUAUCACCUGAAGCUAAAUCACUUUUAUCUGGAUUAUUGAAGAAAGAUCCCAAACAAAGGUUAGGUGGUGGUCCAGAUGAUGCUAAAGAAAUUAUGCAACACAAAUUCUUUGCUGGAAUUGAAUGGCAAGAUGUAUAUGCAAGGAAGCUUAUUCCACCAUUUAAGCCACAGGUCACUUCCGAGACAGACACAAGAUACUUUGAUGAAGAAUUUACAGCAGAAACUAUAACCAUCACGCCGCCAGAUCAAGGUGACAGUAUGGAAUCUUUAGAUAAUGAAAGAAGACCUCACUUCCCACAGUUUUCAUACUCUGCUAGUGGAAAUGCGUGAACUGUUUCUCCUUCAUUCCUGUUUUAUGGGUAGAUUAACUGGUUAUGAGGAUCUUUUGUCAAUGGACUCUGCAGAGAUAUUCCUUGCCUCUGUUUUACAGACUUUAUAUUGAAAACUAAAGACCAAUUUACAGGAAUCCAGAACAAAAGGCCAUUGACAUGAAAUACUUGGUUUUCUUUUUGGAAGAAAAGGAAUAUUGUGGAUUCUUUCUUAAACAGAACCUCAGCUUUUUAUGCACUAUACCCAUGGAUUUUUUUUAUAAAAGCAUGCACCAGAACUGAUUACUGUUAUGCACAGUAAAGGUACAUGACAUAUCUGCAAGCUUGCAAUAGUUUCAAAAAGGUAAACCAGCAUAUACCUACUAAAUAAAUAGGCUAUGGAGCAUGUGAGCCAGCUUGAGUAUUGUAAUAUGAGAGACGUUGGUGCAAUAUCGAAUCAACUCUACAAUGAAUUUCAAGGCAUCACUGAAAAUCAAGGUCAAAUGCAGAAACAAUGAGGUAUUAUGUACAAAUGACUUUUAGUAGUCUAUUUUUUAUCAAUGGGAAAUCCAGCACUGUUAUAGAUUUAACACAGAAUAUUUAUGGUUUAAUUUUCAUUACGUACAGAGUUCUUUUGCAUUCAGAAUCAUUCAUAAAUAACCUGCGUUUGUAGAGGAGAAGGGGGGAAAAAGACAACUUUGAAGUCAGUUCCUGUAGAGGGUAUUUCUGGUGAAUUGUGAUUCAGAUAACCAGAGAAAUGUCUACAUUAUAUUUAAGAAGAAAAUGCAUAUAGAAGACCAUAAUGGGUUUUAGGGCAACCCCUACAGUUAUUGGGGCCCUGUUAUUGAAGUAGUACCCAUCUGGAGCCAUUUUAAGUUGGUCAGAACAGAAAAGGUGGUGCAGCACACACACUGUGGCCAGUUCUGGUAGUCAAUCAUGGAUGUAAGUGUAUGAAGAAGCACAGUGGAUGGUUAUGUUGGUGUCCCAUUAACAUGUAACUGUUUCUCCUGUUGUGAGAAUGAACUUCACAUUUUAGGCACAUAGGCCAGCUUAACUUUGGAAAUGGUCAUUAAGAAGAGAGUUUGUGAUUUCACUAAAUCUGUUAAGAGUCCCUUGGCGCUACUAUGUUGUGUGUUGUCACCCAGAUCCUUUAGUCAUGCCCCACUGCCAGUAAUUCUUCCGGGCUUUUGGAUUCUUACUGUUUUUGAUUCUGAUACAUUCUGACCACAAAUCCUAGAGUAUUCCCCUGAUUCUGUUAAACCUGGUGAGAAUGUGGGAGCUGUUUUCUGAAAAAAUGCUAAGAGCCCCAAUGUAAUACACAGAAUCUUGUGAUUUUGAUUAACCUGCUUGAGGUCUCAUUUUGGUAGUCAUAGUAGGAGAUGCCCUUGACUACAUAACUUUCUCAUUCCUUUUGGAGCCUUAGAGUCUUAAUCUUUCCAGGUCCAUGCCUGAUAGUCCUACAGUGAAUCCUCCAACAUUUUUAAUCUUGCUGCUUUUCCCUCGAUUUCAUUCAUUUUUUUACAGACAAGUUAUUUUUAUUGGGCUUUAUAGUCCUUUGAUUUUGAUAGUUUUGAUAAAGGGCUGAAUUCUUUAAACUUUAGGUGACUUGCUGACUAAUUCUUCUUGACCAUUGUGAUUUUCCAAGCCCUUCUGUGGUUCUUUCUUAAUCAUGUUGCUAAGCUUUUGACUUUGUUAAUCAUGCUGUUUUGUUGUUGUUGUUAGGAGCUCUGACCCAGCUCUAUUUUUUUUUUAACUUCCAACAUCCUUUGACUGACCUCACAGACCUACCUGUUGUUUGCACUGCUGAGUCAUACUUUCUAGGUAUGAAAUGAGCAUUGUAUUCCAGUGGAUGAUGAUACUGUAGGGACAUUCCCCUUUCCCUCUGUCACUGUAACUUUCCUCCAACAGGCAUUGACAUGGUUCAUUUCCUGUCAUAGGUCUACAUGUAUCUGCACACAACCACUGUAAGACUUCGGCCUCUCAUCCCUAGUGAAUGCUGUUAUUGCAAGAUAUCCCUCGACCUCUUUCCAAAAUGGGUGAGUUUGUGCAAAUUGCAGUGCCCCCUCUCAUGGACCCAUCCAGUACCCGAGGUGCUGAUUGAAUGCAGUUCUCUAUCAUUAAUGUAAGCUACCAUGAACUUCAUGCCAUCUGUUUGGGAGUUAUUACUGCGUAAGUGAGUGCAACUUCAUUUAUUUUGCCGUGGGCCCCCAAGAGUCUGCAGAAAAUAAAAGAUGAAUUUGCAAACUAUGUUUGGCAAUUUCUGUGCAUCCAAAAGAAUGUAGAAUGAUCAAGUUAAGUAAACUCUAGUUUUAUAAGGGAUGGUUUUUGCUGAUUUUAGGUCACUGGCUGUAUUUUCAAGAAACGCCAAGUCCUGUUACUGUAUUUUUCCUUACUGUUUCUCAAAAUUCAUGGAUUAUAGGCACUUGGCAUCAUACGUGCCAUUUAUUACUUGUCAAGCAACAGUGUUCAUCCCAUCCCAUACAGAUUGUAUAGGCAGACGUUAUGUCAUACAUGUUUAGUUAUAUUGUGUUUAUUUUUGUUUAAUCACAGCAAAAUAUUCCUGUUGUGCUGUAUCAUGAAUAUGUAUGUUAUUUCGUUAUAAGAGAUAUGUAUAUUGAUUUGCUAUUAAAAAGCAGUAUUGCUGCACCUGUACUGUUUUUCUUUUUAGGUAAAAAUAGUUUAUUUUUUUGUUUAAAUGGAGUAAGUUCCAGAAUGAGCAGCACAGAUACAGAUUCACAGUUAUGUUGGUAUGGGGGGUCCAGUGCACUCGGCAUUCCUUAUUUUGCUCAAGUGAAAUGUAAAAAAAAAAAAAAAAAAGCUGAGUGAUAGUAAAACAGAUACCAAGAAUUUUUACACUGUUAAUUGUAAAAUUUUUACUUGUAUGAUGUACACUGCAGGAAGUACUUUAAAUAAAUUGUACUGUAACAAAUA